AAAAAGGAAAGAGAAGAAAAAUAAUUCAUCUGCCAGAUGUAACAUCUGGAGAUCAAAUUAUGAUGGGGAUUACUAUUCAGGUGUGGUUCUUACUAAUGAUCAUUGUGGAUAUUUCAACAAGUGUAAAAGAUGUUCCAAUGAUAAAUAUGGAGGCGUUGAUCGGUGAGACGGUCUACUUACCAUGCAAUAUCAGCACACAAGAAAUAAAUGAUGAUGUUAUACUGAUACUUUGGUAUCGUGAAGAUAAAGGAACACCAAUUUACAGCGUUGAUGUACGUGAGCGUGAUACAAAAUCAGCAAAACGAUGGUCGGAUGAAACUGUAUUUGCUAAUCGUGCGUAUUUUAUAUUUGAAAAAUUACCCGGAGAAUUAGCUGUACAAAGUGUUAGAGAGUCUGACACGGGUAUUUAUCGAUGUCGUGUGGACUUUAAAGUAGCUCAAACGAGAAACAUUAAAGUUAAUUUAACAAUAAUUGUUCCUCCCGAACGUAUUAGUAUAAAAGAUGAAUCAAAUACUGAACGUACGUCAGUUGUUGGCCCCUACAGCGAGGGCGAUAUAAUUAAAUUGAAAUGCGAUGUAUAUGGAGGCAAACCAACACCAACAAUAAUGUGGUAUCGCGAUGGAAUUCCGUUAGGCGCCGAAACAAAUUUUUUACCAAAUGAACGACAUUUGCGAAGUUCAAUAACGCUUGGACCUCUUACUCGACAAGACUUAGGCUCUCGUUUGACAUGCAAAAGUAUGAAUCAUCAGAAAUCUACGCCGAUUGAAACAACCGUCCAACUAGAUAUGAAUUUCGUGCCAUUGAACAUUAGAUUAUUGGGAGCACAUCAACCAUUAUCAGCAGGUCGACGUUAUGACUUAUUAUGUCAAAGUUCGGGAUCUCGUCCUCCAGCUGUUAUCACAUGGUAUCGUGAUAAUCAGCGUCUUGACAGUACAACGGAAACGACAUCGAGUGAUGGUAACCAAACCACAAGUACGUUAUCAAUAACAUUGAGCAGAGCAGAUGCUGGAAAAUAUCUUUCUUGUCGAGCUCAUAAUUCUGCUGUACCAUCAGAAGCUCUUGAAGAUGGAUGGCGAUUAGAUAUUCAAUAUGUUCCUGAAACUCGAGUGCGUUUAGGAACACCCUUGGAUCCAGAAGCAGUUCGAGAGGGCACAGAUUUAUAUUUCGAUUGUAUUGUAUCUGCACAUCCAUCUGUGUAUAAAGUAGAAUGGCGACAUAAUGGAGAAAUGUUGCCGCAAAAUGUAUCCAAGGGUGUUAUAAUAAGCAAUCAUUCAUUGGUUUUACAAGGCGUAUCACGCACAACAGCUGGAAACUACUCAUGUGUCGGCUUCAAUUCUGAGGGCGAUGGCACAAGUCCUCCUUUUGAAUUGAAUGUGAUGUAUGCACCAACUUGUGCUCCAAACCAACCACGUAUAUAUGGCGUUGCGAAGCAAGAAAAUGCCCAAAUCAAAUGUGUUGUAGAUGCCAAUCCACCCGAAGUAGAAUUCAAAUGGACAUUUAAUAAUUCUGCGGAGAGUAUUGAUGUUGCGGCGAAUCACGUUGCCAGAUUUGGAACAUCAUCCAUUGUUUCGUACACACCAAUGACAGAACUUGAUUACGGUACACUUUUGUGUAUGGCUACAAACAAAAUUGGCAAACAAAAGCAACCGUGUGUUUUUCAUAUUAUUGCAGCAGGUCGUCCCGAUCAAGUGCAUAACUGUACAGUUUCAAAUAUAUCCAUGACAUCUUUGGGCAUUAAAUGUACUGAGGGCUUUAAUGGCGGGCUAACACAAACAUUUUUAGUUGAAGUUCGUGACAUGCACACUCAGGAAAUGCGUGCAAAUAUUACAUCGCCUAUUCCAAGAUUUACUUUAGCCAAUUUACAACCCGGCGGAUUGUAUUCUGCCUCUGUUUUUGCAUACAAUCCAAAAGGUAGAUCCGAUCCCGCUGUAUUACAAGCAGCAAUGUUGCGUUUGCCAGAGAAGAGAUUAGAGAAUGAACGUCCUAAACCAUCAUUACAUCCAUUUGGGCCAAUGGUAACAUUAACAAUCGGAUUAGCAAUGGUUUUGGUGAUAGGAACGUGUGCAAUUGUGUUAAUUGUGAGAUGUGCUUGCGGAGGAAAUGGCCAAAAUAAGCGAAAAGAAUUUGUGAGAGCGCACGGCGGAACAACAGUGAGAACAGCGUCACCCGGCCCAAGCGAUAAGAGCGCUACAAGUAAAGAAAUCGAUGGUAAUGAGAGUGAUGAGAAAAAUCCAGAUGUUAUUCCCGAUACAAUCGAAACGGAUGAACAGAUUGAUUACAUAAGAAGGAGACAACACAUAUCAACAAUUGAUACAAAUAGCCCUAAUAGAGUGAUAUUAGCGUCAAAUAAUUCCUCGAAUCAAAGUUUUGUUCCGCUUCCAACGGGAGGAAUGUCAUUUAGUAAUCCAAUGGGAGGACAUACUCCAUAUGGGUACUGUACAUUACGUAACGGUGGUUUACCAUCACAAUCAAUAGCAACUACUGUGUCAAUGAGUCCUGUGCCAAAUUCAUAUCCAACCACACACAAUACAUCAACAUUGCCUCGUCAUCCUGUUGGUUCAAAUCAUUCUCAAAUUGGAAAUGCUUGGCCAUCAUACGGAGGAACCAUUGCGGGUGUUCGAAAUAUAAGUGUGAAUAGUAAUAAUCAUAUUGUGCCGCCUCCGCCGUCGACGAUAGCAAUGCAACAUCUUGGACCAACAAACGGGCGAUCAUCAACACGAAUCUACCAACAACAAACGCCAUCGAUGCAAAACCAACAAACUUGCUUAUUGGAAGAUGAUGCAACUGUAGAAACGCCACUUAUGUUAAAACGUGAGAGCACUGUAUGACUAUAGGAAUCUCACAGGGUCGCUGGAGAUACGGCCCUGUGAGAUGUUCAAAUUCUUUAUUCGGUUGUUUGUAUUCGUUACUUACUCAAGGUAAGAAAAAAACAUGUAUUUAAAAAUAUUUAAUAUUCUCUAAAUGAGAAAAAAUGUUGAAAAAGCCUCAAAGGCUUCCAAUACGUUCUACAAAACCAAACCAAAUAUGAACUACAUGUACAUUGAGACUUGUUUUUUGUAC